CCAUAUUAUAAAAUUGUAGUCCAAAAAAAUAAAAAAUAAAAAUGCAUUUAGGACUAGAAUACGCUAAGGGAGGGGAAAAAAAGAGUAAAUCCUAAUAAUCAAAACAUUUUUGCUGUAAAUUUCCUCAAUAGACCAACUCCUGCAUAUCUUAUAGACAUAACCUGUUUAAUAUGAAAAGGUGUAAUAUGAAAAGGUAAUCUCAAAGGGAUAAUGAAAAUUUUAUCAUCAUUUACUCGCCCUCAUGUUGUUCCAAAUCUGCAUUUCUUCUGUUGAAGUUCUUUUCAAAAGAAGUUAUUUUGAAGAAUGUAACCAAACCAUUGACUUACUCAUUUUGGGGGGAACUAUCCCUUUAAUGAUACAAUAAUAAUAAUAAUAAUAAUAAUAAUAAUAGAUCAUUUAAAUAUGAUAUAAAUAUUUAAAUUAUGGUCAUUUUAUCUAUGAACUGUUUUACAUGCUUCCUUUCAAAGCUCUAGUCUUUUAACUAUUUACACCCGUCAUGCAAAAAUGUUAAUGUGAGAUCAAGACUGUCUGCAUUUUUAUUUCUAUUUGAUAACUCUGUAUAAAAACACACAGGCAAAAUAUUUUAGACCCUUUAUAUUCAGAAGACCCUACAUGUUGGUCACAAAUAUUACUAGUGGGGUUAAAUGGGGUACAUUUGUUCUAGGUCAUACAAAGGGGUGGGUAUCAUUUUUAUUAUUCUCCAUAAAAUAUUUUUUUAUGUAAUGGGGAAGUCCCAACUUCCCAAGCCGAUUGAUUCACCUUUUUAAUUAAAAGAUAUUAAGAUAUUCGUUUUUAAUGUGUGUGUGACAGCACAAUAAAGGAAACAUGCCUCCCAGAUUUCCUUACAAUCUCGCCCAUUCGCUUCAGUGAAAGGAAGUUUUGAGGUCGUCCUUAAACUUUCAUCUCCGUAAUCUGCUCCUAACGUGUGUUUCGUGACACGCUGCCUCGUGCGGCACGCAUCGGGGCACGAGAGACACCCGAGCUCGCUCUCUAGUGAGUGAAUCGCAUAUUCGGCUCUAUGUCAUUCAUUGAAGGAAUCCGCUCGGUGUUGUUACAUUGUAGCGGAAAGAAUGUCGGAAAGGGCCGAUGAUGACGUCAGGGGGGAGCAGCAGCAGCAGCGCAGAGCGGCCAGGCAGCUGAAGCAGCGGGGAGAAGCCUCCACAGCAAUGGCGACUGUUGCGGAGCGCAGAUCCCUGCCUAGUCCUGAAAAAAUGCUGGGACAGCCUUGGAGCAGCUGGGUCGAUGCUGUGAAACUCCACGGGAGCGACGGUACAGAAUUGGAGGAAAGUUUGAAAGAGUGCGGGAAAAAUCGCGAAGCCAUGAGACUCUGCAGAGACGACAUGCCCAUCUUUGGCCAGUGUCCUGCCCAGGAUGACUUCUACCUGGUCAUGUGCAGCCACUGCAGUCAGGUAUUCAAACCCCAGGCCUUCCAAGCACACUACGAGAGAAGACACAGCUCCAGCAGCAAGCCCCCAUCUGCUGCGUUUCCAAACUCUAGAAUUAAGAGCAGCCUUGGGGGUGGAGUUGGGGUCGGGGCUGUCGGUGGAAGCACACCUGCACGCCCCACCAUUGCAAACAGCAGCUCCCAAACUAAAGACUUAAGACCAACCAAAGAGAAGCUGACUCACUGGAAGCAUCACUUCCCCUAUAGGGUGCCGCAAGAGAGUCCCAUCCCUGCAGUUAAAGGAGAGAAGACCCAUCAGAAGGUGGAACCUUCACCCAAACUUCCCCAUGUGCUCGCCUCUUCUUCCACUUCCUCCUCUUCCUCCAAUACUGUGAGCACCUCUCCCUUGAAGUCAGGCCUUAACUUCCCCUCCAUACCAAAGGCUCCACAGCUGGCCCCUGGGCAGAUCCCCAAUGGAAAGGGCCACCACCUCUUACCCCAAGACAAGAAACAAGACAGCAGCAGUGCUAGUAGCAGAAGACCCUUGUACAAGAGACAAGAGCGAGAGUUUAAUCCAGAUAUCCAUUGUGGGGUUAUGGAUAUGACAGCACGUAAGCCAUGCACAAGAUCCUUAACAUGCAAGACACAUUCCAUGAGCCAGAGGAGGGCGGUGCUCGGGCGGCGGCAACACUUUGACAAGCUGCUUGCUGAGCACAAGAGCAAAGCACGGGAUAAGGAGCUGCAGUUCAGGUUGGACCCCUCGCACCCAGCACCCCCUCUCAGGGACCCUCACCCUCCCCCCUCCCGCCUCUCACAAGACCUUCACCCGGUCUCCCAUGGCAAUGGCACUGCCGAUGCCACCAAGCCUUUGCCCCUCAGCAAACCCAAACCUCAUAACUCUGGGCUUCCACGACUCAACAGCAGUAACUCUCACAGUGGAGGAAACCCAGCCAUGGCACACGACCAGGCCCACCACUCUCACUCGGCCCCUGUCAGUACCGAGACCAGCCGCCUCUCCAGCGACGAAGGAGAGAACGAGGAGAGAGAGGAGGCCACGGAGAAACUGGACUGCCAUUAUUCAGGUUACCACCCACAACCAGCUGUUUACUGCACUUUUGGAAGUCGAUUGUACGGUAGAGGUUGUUACGCGUUCGACCGGCGCUGGGAUCAAGUACGUUGUACUCUCACCGCCAUGUUGGACAAACAUGUCAACUCACAAAUGUGGAAGAAAAUCCCUCUGGCGUCGGAGAACUCUGCAACAACACUGACAGCCUCUCACCGGACAAGCACAAACUCUCAUUCUUCCUCAUCCUCCUCCAUUUCUGCAGGGUUUCUCAGCCUGUCCUCACCACCGCCUUAUGACAGCAAGCCGGUCCUGUCAUAUGGCACCACCCUGAACGCCCGCUCUUCUCCGCAAGCCUCCGCCUCCGAGCAGCCCGCCUACAGUGGCGCUUCUAGACACGUGUCAGCCUCAUCACCCCAGAUGCCUUCAGCCCACUCGUCCUCGCUACCCUCAUUGGGCUCCAACCGACCCCUCAAAUCCCGAUCUGGUACGAAGUCCUUUAAGGCUCGGGAGCCAUCCUCCAGCCUAAGUAACUCUAUCGUCAAGGGCAGUACUAACAGCAGUGUUAGCAUCAGCGGUAGUGCGAGCGGUAGCCUCAGUUCGGGAAAGAAGCGGAAAAACAGUUCCCUGUUUACCACCCAUAGCACUUACACCUCUGAAUCCUCCUCCUCCUCAUCUUUUAAGAAGAACUGUGCGAUGAACUCCUCCAGUCUUGGUAGCGCCUACCACACCUCGCUCGCCUCCACCCCUUCUUCAUCUUCAUCGUCAACAACGUUGUCGUCAUCCCACAGCGGGGUGUACAGUGUGGGGGUAAACUGCACCCCAGGCAGGGCCAACUCUUUGAGCUUGAAGCAGGAGUCGACAGGACGUGGCCCUCCCUCAGGCAGCCCGGCCGAGUCCAUUAAACGCAUGAGCGUGGUGAUGAACAGCAGCGACUCCACCCUCUCCCUUGGGCCAUUUGUUCACCAGAGCAGCGAUCAUCACGCAGAUGCACGUCUGGAAGCAAAAAGGAGGAAGGGCUCACCUGGCUCAAGUAGCCUCAACAGCACAGCGUCUGGAGCAGGAGGGGGAGGGGGACAAGGUCCUGGCAGGCCCAAAAUGUCCAAGUCUCCAUCAAUCAACAACAUCCAGAGCAAGCAUGCUCGCUCUAUACCUGGACCACCAGGGCUCCCUAACAAUUCACUCAUACAUCAGCCAAAGGCUCGUCCCUGACACAGGUGUGGAGGCUCUGAGCGUGCUGAGCAGUAGGCUGGACCCAGAGCUCCCUCAGCCCCCUCAUGCCACUCUGCACGAGGCCUUCUUUUUCUCUUACUCUUCCCACAAUCCUCAGGGUGGAAUGCAUACUGGGUGGCCCAUUGAUGUCCUUCGUGGGGAUUUCCUCCCAAAGCCAUGCAGGGGCACUCUCCGGGGAUAGGAUAAUAAGCCAGAGAGAUAUACUGUAGUUCUCCUGUCGGAGGUUAUAAUGAAUCUAUACAAUGCACCAUUGGGUACAAAGCCUGCUGUGUAGAGCACGAGCUGCCCAGCCUGAGCACUUGCGCUGGGGCCGGAAGGUACAGAUUUUGGCUGGUGCGUAGCCUCACCAACACUACCAAGCAUAGGAGGGAUGUGAGAUGCGAACAAGAUAAAUUGCUUUACCGAUGUUCUUCUGUAUGUUUGCUUGAGCGUGUGGACAUAUGGGAAUACUGGAAACUGAAAUCCUACUCAGCCUUGGAGGAAGUGUACAGGAGAAGAACAUCCCUAAAGCAGACACACAAUCAGCUUAAGUUAAUCAUACACAUGAUCUCUCACUGGAAGGCUGUAUUAGAUUAAACUACACUCACUGCAGAUAGACAUGACAGGAGUGGAGUUUCAACAUGAGCAACCUAAACUUAAAGAUUAUGCAAACUAAACAUUUUUUUAAGACCACAUUUUGUUUACAGGUUAGCAAACAGAACAAACUAUUUAUCAUAUACCAUUUUCCAUUAUUUUUUGAAAAAAAAAAAAAAAACAUUUCAUUUAUUUUAGUUAUUUAUUUAGUUGUUUUAGGCUGUUUUAUUGCAAUUUCUUUUUUUUACUGAAAAAUCCAACCCCAAAUCAAGCUUGAACACCUCGCGUUAGUGAAAGCACUUGAUUUAUCCACCCUCCAUGUUUAUUUUGAAUAAUUUCAGGUUUAUGUAAGUAGCCUAGCAUGUCUUUACUGAAUCUCAGAGCAACAGUCAUCUCUCGAAGCUCCAAAAAACUCAAGACAAUACUGUAAUCCUCUUAAAAAUCAUAACUUGGACAAUACAGAUAUUUAGUUUUAGGUACAUUAAGGGCUCGAUUCAUUAAACCUUCUAUCACGUGCAAAAAUUGCUCCGGCAGGUGACGUUUCACCUCUUAUAAUUACCCUAAAAGAAGCAUGUGCUGAAAUCUUAAUGUACUAAAAUCUGCAGUCUCGCUGGAAAAUGAUUGUAGGAGAGUUUCCUGGUGAAGAUGCCUUAGGUGUGGUAUCGUUAUGUGCCGUUUCAGUCUCAGAAAGGGGCUCGUGGCUAGCUGAUGUUGAGCCAUAGACCAACAUUACAGACACACUAUCAUCUCAGCAAUGGAGCAGACAUCUAUUUGACACUCAAUACUGUGAGACACAUAUACAGUAGUCUGGCCAGCACCAUCUCAACAAGUGAGACCUUAUAUCACGAAUGAACGUUUCUGCAUGGAUCUGACACAAGCUUUUGUUCUUUGUGACCCUAAAGAGGUUAGUAGCUGGACAUUCUGAUUUAAAUCUCAUUUUUAAUGUGGGUCUGUCAACUUAAAGGCAAUAGAUCCUUUUUUUGACUCGUUGAUCUUUAUGGGAGAUGUUGAGCUGGAUUUUGUUGUGUAAGUUGGGGCUUCUCUUUAAAACUCCUGUAAACUCCACUGAUGUCAGUCAGCGAAGGUCGCUGAGAAGUAGAGCAUGAUUUUUUAUUUUUAUUUUUUUGUGUGUAUUUUUUUUCCUUCGGCUUUUUCGUACACAAAACCGAAUACAAAUAUUGAAUUAUCGCUAUUUCAGAAUACAUAUUUUGUUAAAGAAUUGUACAUAUGGAGAUGUAUUUUUGCACAGGCAUUUUCGUAACCGAUUUUUGGUACAAUUGAGAUCAUUAUUAUUUAUUUAGUAAAUGGAAACAUUCUAAGAUUAUUAGAAGUGGUUCACUGCCAAGCCGAUAAUGCAAUAUGCCACUCUAUCCGAACACAGCUACUUAUUAAUCACACACUGAGUUCCCCCGGACAGAUUGUUGCCACAGUAGUGGGAAAUCAUUGUAUUAUUUUUUAGGUGUCAGUAGUGCUUCUUUUCCCUCAUGGUUCCUCCCCAUCUCAAACCAAGAGGUCAGAGAAUGUGAUCAAAAUGGCCUGUUUAACUGUGCAAAAGAUUUCUGGCUGGCUGAUGUAUUUUGUAGGACUUUUCUAACUGGGAGAGGGAACAAAACAGUUGCACGGUGCAAAAUGUGCACCACUGUUGCCAAACGUUGUAAUUGGAUACACUGCUUUUUAAUUACUUGUUCAUUUGCUUUAAACGGACAAAAAAAAAAAAAAGAGAAA